UGAGAGAGAGACUCCGCCUUGGUAAAUCUCAUUGCUUUCAACUCUAGUCUGCACAAAGGGAGGAGGAUCAUUUUUAUCUGCUACCCUCUCAGUCCCGGUUGCAGAGUUGAGUGUCCUCCUCUCCUCUGGGUGCCUGUUCUCCCUUUAAAUCUCUCUCUCUCUUUCCUUAAACCAACCCCCCACCUCUGCUUAUUCCUCCCACUCCCCCCCCCCCCAAAUCUUCUGUCUCUCUACCCCUGCUUCUGGUCCUGUCUGGCACUGACGGCAUGUUUUAUGAACGAACAUUGGACCUCGAGAGAAGCUCAGGGCUUUAAAGUCACCACUGGGAAGCUGCUGGCGAAGGAACGGGCACGAUAUUUUUGAACGGGAACAAAAGGGGGAGAGAGCGAGAGAGAGGGAACCGGAGCUGGUGCCAAGUUUGUUACCUGGCUGUGCCUGAACCUGAGGGAGUGCCUGCAAGGAUUCUGAAGCUGAUGACCUAAAGAAGACUUGUUUAAUCCAAUCACCAUCUCGAGCCUUUCUUGGUGAAGUAUUACAUUGGACAGCUACGUCGCUGGGAUUCCCCAACUUGAAACAAUUGCAAGAUGUCAUGGCGGCCUCAGUAUCGCACAUCAAAAUUCCGUCAUGUGUACGGCAAGCCUGCUACAAAGGAGAAUUGCUACGAUGGGGUCCCCAUCACCAAGAGUGUUCAAGACAACUAUUUCUGUUCUGUGAAUCCAAAGUUCAUCGCGGUAGUGACUGAGUGUGCAGGAGGUGGAGCUUUCUACAUCAUUCCCAUUGGCCAGACAGGAAAAAUAGAUCCACUUCAACCAAAAGUCUGUGGCCACAGAGGAAAUGUACUGGACAUCAAAUGGAAUCCAUUUGAUGACUACAUCAUUGCUUCUAGCUCUGAAGAUAGCACAGUUAAAAUAUGGGAAAUUCCUAAAUGUGGAGUCUUAAAAAACAUAAUUAACUCAAAGCAGGAACUUCGGGCUCACUCCAGGCGAGUUGGCCUCAUCGAGUGGCAUCCAACAGCCAAGGAUAUUCUGUUCAGUGCUGGUUAUGAUUACAGGGUUAUGAUUUGGAACCUGAAUUCGGGAGAGCAAGUGAUUCAUAAUCCAGUGAAAAUCUUGGACUGCCACAAAGAUGUUGUUCUCGCCAUGUCUUUCAACACAAAUGGCAGUCGCAUAGUGACCUCCUGCAAAGACAAGAAGAUGCGUAUCAUUGAUAGUCACACAGGAAAGGUUUUACAGGAAUCCAAUUCCAAGUCCCACAAGACCAAUAAAGUUCUGUACCUUGGCAAUUUGAAGAUGGUGAUAUCCACUGGCUAUUCCAAAUGGAAUAAUCGACAAAUUACCCUCUGGGACGAGGACGACCUAUCUGUGCCUUUGCGAGAGGAGGAUCUGGACGGGUCCUUGGGAGUGCUUUUUCCAUUCUAUGACCCUGACACAUACAUGCUGUACUUGGCAGGAAAGGGUGAAGGAAACAUCAGAUACUACGAAUUGAGCUCAGAGAAACCUUAUCUACAUUUCUUGAUGGAUUUUCGCUCUUCAUUACCUCAGAAAGGAAUGGGUGUAAUGCCAAAGAGGGGCCUGGAUGUCUCGAUUUGUGAAGUCUUCAGGUUCUACAAAUUGGUGACAACGAAGAGCCUUAUUGAGCCCGUCUCAAUGAUUGUACCUCGACGGUCUGAAUCAUACCAGGAUGAUAUCUAUCCAAUGACAGCUGGAGCACAGCCAGCAAUGACUGCACAAGAAUGGCUCAGUGGAGCCAAUAAAGAUCCUAUAUUUGUCUCCCUAAAGCCUGGUUUUAACACCCCACGGUCUUCCCCUUUGAAAACGGGAAGUGGGCAGUGGGACCCAUCUGGACACAGUAAAAAAGAGCAAAUAACAAUGAAUACCUAUCCAGAAAUUCAAGAACAAAGGAACGCAGAGAAAGUGCAAGAUCAGAAGAACAGCCUCAUGACAAAUGGUUAUGAUCUGUCACAGUGUCCAGUUCCUAAAACAGAGAAUGAGCUUCUACAGAUGUUUUACCGACAACAAGAGGAGAUUCGAAGGCUACGUGAGCUGUUGGGGCAGAAGGAAAUUCGAGUGAAACAGCUGGAGCUGGAAAUUAAGAAUAUACGAUUCAGCCCCAUCAGCUACUGAAGAGGAUACGUUUAGUUGUUUUGGUGGAUGGGGAAGGGGAAAGAUGUAGAGGGGAAAUGCAGUGUGUAAAUGCAGCUAGCCGAUAUAGCAAAGCUACCCUGAGAACUUGAAAUAAUUAUAUUUUUAUUGAAAAGAAUUAAUUUGUAAAACUGUACUUGUUGUACAGGGUGCACAUUUUUUUAUUUAUCUCUUUAUAUGAUGGUGUAUAUACACUAAUUUUUUUUUAAAGCAUACAGUGGCUUUGUAACCUACACUUAUGAGCUUUUUGAUUGUAAAAUAUCUUAUUUACUCCAAUGGUUAGGGUUUGGUUAGCUCAGUUGGCUGGAUGGCUGGCUUGCAAUGCUGCGUGACGCCAACAGUGUGGGUUCAGUUCUUGCACUGGCUGAGCUCAAAGUGAACGACUGACCUUCUCAACCUCUCUCCUGGCCUGAGGCAUGGUGACCCUCAGGUUAAACCAGCACCAGUUCUCUCUCUGUAAUGAAAGAGCAGCCCUGCAAUCUGGCAUGGCUACAGUGACUUUACCUUUUUACUUUGUUGGUUACUGUAGCUUUAUUGUGUGGACAAAAGAUGCAUGUGCCUUUUAAUGGUCACUAUCCAGAUUUGCACAUCUGGUGGGGCUACUGUGAGUAGAGGAAAUGCACCAAGUCGCUAGAAUGGUGGAAAAGAUUGUGUUGGUUUGAGCGAAUAGAUUACUGCCAUGGAAAUUAGUCAGCCUUUUUAUAUACAUAUAUUUUAAAAAAUGAUUUGCUAUAUUGUUUUUAAAAAAAGAAUCAAGAGUUAUAUUAACUUGGAAGAUUAACUUGGCAGCUUUUAGUCUGAAACAUUGUGCAUAUCUGUCCAUCUUUGUGUUCAUUCAUUCAUAAUUUUAACCGAUUUUCCUUUUGUUUUUGCUUUGCUUGCAUCACUAGCGUUUCGCUACGGAACCUGUUCUCUAGCAUUGUUGAUUAACUGUGUGUAUGGCUGCCAGAGAUGGUGCACCAUUUUGGAAGGUGCAAGGUUUAUUUAAAACAAACAUGCUGGAAAUUAUGAACAUACCUCAGUCCUCCUUAUCAUGUUGAAGAUUACUUUGUUUCAAUUAAGGAUGCUAUGAAUAAAGCAAGCGUUUUGAGAAAAAACAAGAUUUUAAACUCCCUUUUCACCCAUUUCAAAGGCUUUUGGGAAAGAUUGCAAGGGACUUUGUCCAACACUAUCUUUCCAAUGAGAUACAACAAAGUGUUAGUGCAGCUUGGAGGUCCAGAGGAGGAGGAUGCCAAAUGGGCACAAUUUGGUUAACUGAGAACUGAAACAACUUGGUUUUUAAAUGGAGAAGAAAAUAAGUCUGGAAAUAAAUCGGUUUGACUAAUCACCUGUGACACACAUACAAAGCAACAUUUCCAUCCGUUCUAAUGGAUUGUGAAAUGACCCCAAUGACCUUGCUUCCACAACUGCUGUUGGCAACGCAUUCCAUGCUCUCACAACUCUCUGUGUAAAGAACCCGCCUCUGACAUCCCCUCUAUACUUUCCUCCAACCACCUUAAAACUAUGACCCCUCGUGUUAGCCAUUUCUGCCCUGGGAAAUAGUCUCUGGCUAUCAACUCUAUCUAUGCCUCUCAUUAUCUUGUAUACCUCAAUUAGGUCCCCUCUCCUCCUCCUUUUCUCCAAUGAAAAAAGUCCGAGCUCAGUCAGCCUCUCUUCAUAAGAUAAGCCCUCCAGUCCAGGCAGCAUCCUGGUAAACCUCCUUUGAACCCUCUCCAAAGCAUCCACAUCUUUCCGAUAAUAGGGCGACCAGAACUAGACGCAGUAUUCCAAGUGCGGUCUAACCAAAGUUUUAUAGAGCUGCAACAAAGUCUCACGACUCUUAAACUCAAUCCCCCUGUUAAUGAAAGCCAAAACACCAUAUGCUUUCUUAACCACCCUGUCCACUUAGGUGGCCAUUUUAAGGGAUCUACGUAUCUGCACACCAAGAUCCCUCUGUUCCUCCACACUGCCAAGAAUCCUAUCCUUAAUCCCGGGGUCAUUUAAGAGACUGCUGGACAUGCAUACGGUCACAGAAAUUUGAGGGUGCAUACAUGAGGAUCAAUGGUCGGCGCAACAUCGUGGGCUGAAGGGCCUGUUCUGUGCUGUACUGUUCUAUGUUCUAUGUUCUAUGAAAUAGCCUGAGUUGAUUUCAUCUGCUUGCUGCGCAUUUUAAAAUUAGUUGAGCACACCUUUUUCACAAGGAGAGAACAAUAUUUACUGGUGCAGCUGGAGCUUGAUAGCAAGAGGGGAAAAAGGGGCAGGUAUGUUCCAUCUUGGUUGACUCCAUGUUGCACUGAUCCAUGAGAUGGUGUUUUUGUUUUCAGUUGUUUACCAGUGUUCUAGGCAGACCCUUACCACUUGUGUUCGUUUUUGCUUUGUUCGCAUCACUAGCAUUUCGCUAUGGAAUUUGUUCUCGAACAAAACAUUUUGAGCAACGUUGAUCCAGAACUGCCUCCCAACUAAAACAUAACACUCCGGAUGCUGGAAAACUUGACAUUAACGCAGAAAAUACUGGAAAAGACUCAGCAGGUCUGGCAGCAUCCGCAAAAAGCGACAGUUAAAAUGUCAGGACCUUUGUGACCCUUUCACUGUGUGCUAUCAAAAAAAAACACUCAUGCAAAAAUUCCCCGGAUGCAUUUCAAGUUGACCAAUUUUGUUUUACUUUAUGUUCUCAUUGCAUGGGUCGUUCAAAAUAUGAUUGAAACAGUUUUGCUAAUUAUUUGUUGCAAAGUUUUGUAUAUGAUGAAAUUGUAAUGCAUCUUUUUCAGAACCUGCUUGAUCUAACCCAUACAAGCAAACUAAUUUUGUCUUGCGGUAAAUAUUUUGAUACCUGCAAAGAAGAAAAUAAUCCAUUAAUGCAAACCAAGAUUGUCCAUUUUAAUUCAACAAGUAAAUUUUAAAAAUUUAUACGCUUCAGUUGCAGCAUGCAAAUGCUCCCUUUCUCAUUCUGUGUAGAUUUUAAUGAGUUGUGGAUCAGCCUUCUAUUUUUUGAUAUAAAUAGAUUAAACAGCACACCAGAUUAAAUAACAAAGUCAAGUACAAAUAUGUCUACAUUAAAACCUGUUGAUUCAAAGUAAUUUUGUACAAAAUGGCUUUAAUGCCUUCCCUCACCAAAAAGUAGGAUUUGAAUUCAUGACAAACCUUUUCUGCAAAUGUUUUGUGUUCAAAGUCAGCUCUGACAGAACAACAACUUGCAUUUACAUAACAUCUCUAAUAAAGCCUUAAUACAUUUAAGGUACUUUGUAGGAAAAAUGUAAAGCAAAACUGCAGAUAAUGUGACAGCCAUUUAAGGCAGACGGUCAACAACUUCAUCAAGUUAAGCUUUGAGGAAUAUUUAAAUGGGAGCAAUAAGUAGGAAUAUUUAAGGAGGGAAUUCCAAAGCCUGUGGCCUAGGCAGCUAAAGGCCUGAUCAUCACUCGUGGAUCAAUUAAAAUCAAAGCUGCUCAAGAGGCCACAUUUGAUAAGCACAGAUAUCUCAGAGUUGCUGGGUUGGAAGCAAACACUAGGAGAAAGCUCCAGAGGAAUUUAUAAACAAGGAUGAGAACUUUAAAAUCAAGGCAUUGCUUGACCAGGAGCAUUGUAACAUCUGCUAAAAACGGUUAUUGUGCCAAUCCUUUCCUGAUCAAUGACAUGUCAAUUAUCUCCAUCCAUUUUCGACAACUUAUUUUCGUUGUUUUCCAUUUUUGAAGGAGCCCAAAGGGAGAAUAUCAUGUUCUUUACAAAGUCAAAUUAAUAUCUUCUUGUUUCACAAACACAAGUCAUAUUUCUGACCCUUUGUUUCUCAGGCAUGUGUGUUCCCAAAUGGGGUAAUGAAAUGUUACGGAUCAGGUUGCACAUCAUCUUCCUUGUACUGUGUCUUUGAUGUAAAGAUGUCAGGUGAUACUCGCUAGUAUUGCUUCCACACAGUAUAUGAUAAAGGAUUUUACACUGAAUUUACUGUACAGAAGUAGGCCAUACAGACCGAAGUGUCCAAACAGGUGUUUGCACAUCACAGGAGCCCCCACCCCACCCCCACCAUCCUCCAUCUUGACAUGAUAACAGGCCGAGAAGGCAAUAUCUUCCUUGUGUUUUUUUUCUUAUCUAGAUUCUUUUUAAAGGCAACAGUGCUAUUUCCAUGACCAUUCACUUAUUCUUGCAGGCAGCCCCUUUCACUGCAGCAAUUGAGCUCAUUAUUCUCUGUUCUAAUGAGGAAGCUUGUUGCCAUGAUAGUCACAGAGGGAAUCAUACAGCAUGGAAACAGGCUUCCUCAUCAGAACAGACAGCUGAGCUUCAGUCCAAACAGUCCAUAAUCCCAAACUAAACUAGUCCCACCUGCCUGUGCUUGACCCUUAUUCCUCCAAAGCUUUCCUGUUCAUGUACUUACCCAAAUAUCUUUUCAAUGUUGUAACUGUACCUGCAUCCGCUGCUUCCUCUAGAAGUUCAUUCCACAUAUGAACCAUUCUUUUUUUAAAAAAGCGUUGCCCUUCAUGUCCUUUUUAAAUCUUUCUUUUUCACCUUAAAAAUAUGCCCGCUAGUCUUGAAAUUCCCCACAAUAGGGAAAAGACAUCUGUUAUAUAUUUUAUUUAUGUUCCUCAUGAUUUUGCAAACCUCUAUAAGGUCACCCCUCCAGCUCCUCUGCUUCAGUGAAAGUCCCAGCCUAUCCAGCCUCUCCCUAUAACUCAAAACUUCCAUUCCCAGCAACAUCCUAGUAAAUCUUUUCUGAACCUUCUCCAGCUUGAUAAAUCCUUCUUAUAACUGGGCAACCAGAACUGGACACAGUAUUCCAGAAAAGACCUCACCAACAUCAUGUACGACCUCAACAUGACUCCCUAGCUCCUACAAUCAAAUGUCUGAGCAAUGAUGGCAAGCAUGCUAGAUGCCGCCUUAACUACUCUGUCUACCCAUGAUGCAAACUUUGAAAAGUUAAGUACCUGAUCCCCUAGAUGUUUCACCACCCAAUGCCCUACUUUUAAUUAUACAAAAUGUAGUAUCUCGCUUUCAUCCAAAUUAUACUCUCUCUGCCACUCCUCAGCCCAUUGAUCCAAUUGAUCAAAAUCUCUUUAUAAUCUAAGAUAGCCUUCACUGUUCACUAUGCUAAUAGUUUUGGUGCCAUUCUAUAUUCUCAUCUGAAUCAUUUAUAUAAAUGACAACCAAAAGCAGACCCAGCAUCGAUCCCUGUGGAACAGUGCUGGUAACAGGUCUCCCAUCAAAAAAACGACCCACUGUGAUUGUAUAUAUUGGCCCAGGUUGUCAUGUAACAGUGAGCUUGAUGUAUGUAGAUACAUAAACUAUGUUCUGUUUGACCUCUGAUCACUUGCUUCAUACCACACAGGAACACUAAUGAUCUACCGAAAGUUAGUCAGCCAAAGAAAUGGCCAUUAUAUGGAGAAAGGGAUAAGCCCCUGAGAAUCAUACAUGGUUCUUCUCCAUAGCAUGCUCCUACUUCUAUAUGUGAAAGAAAACUACCACUGUGUUACCAUUGGAACAAAUAAAUUCUGUGUUGACUGUAAUCUGUUUAGGAUUUAAUGAAACAAAUUUUGUGAUAAAAUAUGCAAUGCAAAAAGUAAACUAAGCUCCCAUUUUAGGCGUUUCAGUGGUAUGUCUGUCACUUAAUGUCUGGUAAAUGAAAUGUAGCAAUAUAAAUUAAUACAACUGGCAAAUGACUGUAUAUUUUAUAGAGGAGUUGAGUUAAUGGUGUCCAAACUGUUAGUUCCAUAGUCAAUCAACUAGUGCUGAAUUGUAUUAUCAGAUAUUGCCAUCUAAAAUGCCUCAUAAGCAGAGAAAGUUGAGAGAUUUAAUAGAACUGUUUAAAAGUGUUGAUGACCUUUGAUAGAGUAAAUAUGAAGAACCGGUUUCCAGUGGCAGGACCAAGAUGUAAAAUGAGCAGGAAUGGCAUUAAAUUAGUUGCUGAUUUGAAGGCCAAAGUACAUACAAUGAAGUGAAUAGCCUCCAGUUGCUCAGUAACAAUUUUGCAACUCUAGUGACAAAACCAGGGCCAAUGCACACCAUUUCUGGGGACACAGGCAGGCAGAUGGUCAGGGUCCUGAUUUUGAGCUGUUCUGCAACAAAGGAAUUGAGAGCAGUUGGAUGGCCUUGUGCUGUUAGAACAAACUCUGAAAGAAGUUCUUGGAAUUAGUAAAUGGCUGAGUGUUGGGAGUCAGGGCUCAGAAAUCAUAUGGGAGAGCUGAGCAAGUAGACAGGUUGCUGGCUUUUGGGAAUGUCAUGAGGGGAUUGAAAGAAGCGUGCAAACGUAAAACUUAAGGACAGCUGAAUAAGGGGUUUGAAAAGCCCCUAUGCAGUAUUUGCUUGGAUUGAGCCAGAUUAGUACUCAGGGAAAGUCCAGACAUACGUCCUGUUUUAUGAAGCUAGCUGUAAGUAAAGAGCUGGAGUUAUGCUUGUGAAUGAGCACUGGGGUGUAGUUUUGAGUCCAUGGGAAUAUAGACCCAGGAAAGUAGUGCCAUUGAUCAGAACAGGAGCAGCCGUUGAGGUAGUAGAUAAUUUUAAUGGUAUAGUUAUUGAGAGGGAAUUUCAAGGCUGAGAUCUGACGACGCACCAUAUUAGUAUCUUGAGAGUUAUCCAUGGUUCAUGACUUAACAGCAUUUGCUAUUUGGCAUGAAUUGUGCAAUGUUCAAUAACAAUACAUUACCCAUGUUUACCACAAAUUAACUCCGGAUAUUAGCAAUAGGUUAUUUUUUAUCAGAAUUAGGACAGUACAGGAAGCCAUUUAGCACACAAUGUCUACACGGGCUUUCUCAGCAUUAAAACUUCCUGCCAAUCACUUGCCUUUCCCCAUAACCUGUUUGGAGUCAUACCUGGCACAUAGGAAGAUGGUUGUGGUGGCUGGAGGUCAGUUAUCUCAGCUCUGGAACUCCUCUGCAGGAGUUCCUCACGGUAGUCAUCUAGACUGAACCAUCUUGAGCUGCUUCAUCAAUGACCUUCCCUUCCUCAGAAUGUCAGAAGUGGGGAUGUUCACUGAAAAUUGUGCAGUCAUUAGCUACUCCUCAGAUACUGAAGAAGUUCUAGUUCAAGUGAAACAAGACUUGCACACUAUCUAAGCUUAGCUGACAAUUGACAUUCAGUGGGAUUGCCAGCGCUGAACCCUCCAGUAUCAACAUCCUGAUGCUCAUCAUUGGCCAGAAACUCAAUUCGACUCCAACGCAGUGACUAGAAGAGCAGGUCAGAUGCUGGGAAUCGUGCAGCAAGUAACCAUCUUCGUGACUCCCCAAAGCCUGCCCACCAUCUAUAAGGCAUGGUCGGGAAUGUAAUGGAAUGCUUUCCACUUGCCUGGAUUGGUGCAGCUCCAAAAACAAUUGGGACGUUUGACAUCAUCAGAAGAAAGCAGCCACUUGAUUGGCACAGGAUUCACACCCUUCACCACUGACACUCGGCAAUGGCAGUAUACACCAUCUAGACAAUGGACUGCAUAAAUUUGUUGAAGAUCCUUAGGCAGCACCUUCCGAACCCACAACCACUUCCACAUAGAAAGAUAAGGACAGUAGAUACAUGGGACACCAUCACCUGCAAGUUCCCUUCCAAGCUACUCACCGUCCUGACUUAGAAAUGUGAUGCCGUUAGACUUGUGUGUAUAAGUACAUAAAGAGGUAGCUUUUUACUGUCGCUGGGUCAAAAUCCUAGAAUACCCUCCCUAAGGCCAACGUGGAUCUACCUACAGCACAUGUGCUGCACCACCUUCUCAAGGGCAACAAGAAAUGAGUAAUAAGCACUGGCCAGCCAGCAAUGCCCAUGUCCUACGGGAGAAUAAGAAAUCCUGCAUAUCUUUUCUAUUUAAACAAUCAUCCAAUGCCCUCUCGAAUGCCUUAAUUGGACCUACCUCUCUUUCACUUCAAACAGUGCAUUUCGUACCCUAACCAAGUGUUGGGUGAGUAAGUUUUUUUUUCUCACCUCACAAUUACCUCUUUUGCAAAAUGCCUAAAUGGUGCCUCCUCAUUCUCAAACCAAUUAUGAGUAGAAGCAAUUUCUCCCUUUCCACUCUUGCCUGAUCCCUCAGCAUUUUUUAAAAAAGUGUUAAAUCUCCUCCUCUUAACUUCUUCCUUUCCAAAAAAAAGCAUUCUUUUCCGAUCCAUCAUCAUUAAUGAAGUGUCUCAUCCUUGAACCAUUCUUGUAACCUGUUUUGCACUGUCUCCAAUGCAUUUACACUCCUACAGUGUGGUACCCAGAGCUGUACAUAAUACUCCUGCUGACGUGUAACCCGUGACUUGUAUUAAUUCAUAACCUCCUUCCUCCUGUGCUCUGUUCCCUUUUUAUGAAGUCUGAAAUACUGUAUGCUAUAGUAACAGCUCUCCCUACUUGACCUACCACCUUUGUUUGAUUUAUGUACUUGUACACACAGGUACGUCAGCUCCUGCACACCUUUUUAGGAUAGCAACGUUUCUUUUAUACAGUCUUUCUAAGUUCCUUGUACUUAAAUACAUCACCCAAAAAAUACUUCUCUGCUUCGUGUUUCAUCUGCCAUAUAACCUCCAUUCCACGAGUGAAUAUCUACUCUUGUGAUCAGACAUAAUGGGAACUGCAGAUGCUGUAGAAUCCGAGAUAACAAA